AUGGGGCUGGAAAUGUUCUCACUUCACACGAAAGUGAUGAAUGGGAUGGAAGGCCGGAUGCGUGAGUCGAACAUGCGUAUUCUGGUUGGACUGGGCGUCGCCGUUGUGUACCUUCUCGUUGGAGCCAUUGUUUUUGUUAGAAUCGAAUAUCCAUUGGAGAAAAUCGAACGAGAAACGUAUUUGGAGUACCAGAAUCAGUGGAGGGAGAGAUUGUUGCAGUUGGACAUUGACGAAACCGAAAUCGACAAGCUCUUCAUAAAUAUCCGUGAAGCGGCACUGAAUGGAAUUUGGAUGGACCGGAAUUUGACAAGUGACCCAAAUUGGACAUUUGGACAAGCUUUCUUUUUUGCUGGGACCCUUAUCAGUACUGUGGGGUACGGUAGAGUCAGCCCGAGGACCGAACAUGGGAAGUUGUUCACGAUACUGUAUUGUGUUAUUGGAAUCCCUCUAACAUUGGCUCUCCUAUCUGCGAUUGUUGCCAGAAUGCGUGAGCCGUCCCAUCGGCUCCGCGGAUUAUUGAACCAGAGAUUGGGACACCUUUUUACUGUCAAUCAUAUUCAACUAAUCCACGUGGGCGUCGUCCUUGCUGCUCUUCUCAUUUUCGUCUUCGCAAUUCCAGCAUGGAUUUUCUCAUCGAUAGAAACCGAAUGGACGUAUUUGGACGCAUUUUACUACUGUUUUGUGUCUCUAACUACCAUAGGAUUAGGAGAUUUCGAACCGGGAGACGACCCAAAUCAAUCGUUCCGUGGAUUAUACAAAAUUGGAGCUACAGUAUACCUGAUGGGCGGUUUGUGUUGUAUGAUGUUGUUCUUGGCGACGCUUUAUGAUAUUCCACAGUUCAAUUUGACUGCGUUCUUUGUCAAAAAUGAUGAGGAGAUGAGAUUCAAUGAGGACGAAGGAAAAUAUGGAACACUGGAUUCCAAUACUGUGGAAAAUGGCUACUAUGCUCAACAAUAG